AUGUUUUUAUAUCUUCACCUUCGGCAUUUAUUGCUGGCUCUUUUUCUUGGCAUCAAUGCCGUAUUGGCCACGCCAAAUUUCAACCCACAGAUUCUGGCCGACACCAACCGUGACGGCAUCAUCAACCGGCUCGAUGCUGCAAACAAGCACAUCUGGACUUCCAACCGCGGCGCGAUAUUCCUCCCCAACAUAGGAGAUCAGCAACAUCGCUGUCCAGGUGUUGACCUUGUGAAGCAAUCUCUCAGUAACUUUGAGCUGGCCGCCUGCAACGACGCAUCCGGAGACCGUCUCCUCACCCCUGAAUAUGCAGCUCCUCUCAAGACUCUUCCGCUGAAGAACUUGAGCCAGAAUGUUAUCGGUUCUAUCUACACUACUCCCAAGUCCGCCCUUGGCCGGGUUCGAAUUUUCUGGCAGAGUCAAGAUUCUUCAGACUGGUCCUUGGUCGACCCGCAGAUCACCUUCAACGCGACAAGUCUUGCAGCAGGCCUCACCCUGGCCAUCGACGGGCGAGAAUUGGUGACUGACUCUUCGAUUUGGGAUGGACUUGUAAACAUCACAUUCAGCGUAACUGACGGGAACGCAACCGCAAGCGACACUGUGGCUAUGAAACAGGCCCCCGUGCUGAUCCAUCACCACUUACAAGCCCCUCAAGUGGUUCUCAGUACCGAUGGAAACGUCACCUCUUCGACUUGGCAGACCAGCUUCAUCGACUCCAUCCAACGCACCCUCGACAGUCUUGAUCAAAGCCUUCCCUUCGUACUGUUCAACGAAACAGGUGACAUCUGGGCCCAAGACUUUCUCGAACCUGGAUACGCAAGCAUGCCCGGCCCCGGCGAGCCAAUCUCCAUCCGCGUACUCUUGCGGUCUGCUCAGUCAGGACGCGCCGCAGGACGCCAAGUCUUUUCUCGCCUGCGAGGUCCUGGCAUAGGAGGCUUCCAGCCAGGUCUCGGUUCAGGCUUUGGCCACGAGGAGAUCAAUUCUGGAGGCAACUUUGAGACUAUCCCACCAUACACCUCAAGAACGGGAGUCGAGUACAAGAGCGGACGAGUUAUCACUGGGAAACACUUCGACAAAUAUCCAGCAGAGUCGAUGGUCAAUUUUUUGGAAGCUCAGGGUGUUCAGAAGCCAUUGGUCCUCGAGACUGGGUGGCUUGCUGUCGGACAUGUCGACGAACUGGUUCAAUUCGUUCCAUACGACAACGAACUUGGCUUUACCAUUGCUAUCGUUGAUACACUUUCAGCUUUCAGUCUCUUGGAGACGGCUUGGAAAGACGGCCAUGGUGAUGCAAAAGUCAUCAGUUACAAUGGAGACAUGACACCCGACAACGAAACCAUCUUCAUCGAUCCAGAGGUCCGGAAUCUUACAAUCAAAGAUUUACUCAACGACAAAGACUUUAUCGCCAUUAACGACUACGCACAGAGCUUCAUCAACGAAACCCUCGACCUCCUUCUUGUAGAAGUUCCCCUGCCCGAGUCAGAUAUCCUCCGCGUCCCUACGCUCUGGAAAGACGUCACCUAUCCCUGGCCCAACACCCCAGAUGGCCAUCCUCUACGUCUCAACAGGGCUCCUCCGGGAGAACGCCAGGUCAAGUCCUUCUUUCCACAGUCUAUCAAUGGGUUGGUCCUCGGACAUGACUACCUGACGCCCAAGCCGUGGGGUCCUGUCAUUAACGGCCGGGAUAUUCUCGAGGAGGUUGUUAAAGACGUGUAUGCCAGGGCCAAUAUGACGGUUUGGCUGAUCGAUGAUUACAUGUCUCAUCAUGUUCGAGGUGGAGAGGUUCACUGUGGGACGAACACUUUGAGGGAGAAGGACGUUGCAUGGUGGGAGUAA